AGGCAGCCGCGUUUCCGGCAGCGCGGGUGUUCCCGGGCGGGCGCGGCGCGCACGUGCAGGAAACAGUAGAGAAUGUCUUUUUGUGGGAGAGGAGGUGGAGGAGGAAGAGGAGGUGGCUUUAACCGAGGAGGAGGUGGCGGUGACAGAGGUGGCUUCAACCGCGGCGGGCGCGGUGGCUUCGGACGGGGAGGUGGAAGAGGAGGCUUCAACAGAGGAGGAUAUGACCAGGGCCCUCCAGAAAGGGUAGUUUUGUUGGGGGAGUUCAUGCAUCCCUGCGAAGAUGACAUAGUUUGUAAAUGUAAAACAGAAGAAAACAAGGUGCCUUAUUUCAAUGCCCCAGUGUACCUGGAUAAUAAGGAGCAGAUUGGCAAAGUGGAUGAAAUAUUUGGACAGCUGAGAGACUUUUAUUUUUCAGUGAAACUCUCUGAGAACAUGAAAGCCUCUUCAUUUAAAAAACUGCAAAAGUUUUACAUUGAUCCAGCAAAGCUGCUGCCUCUUCAGAGAUUUUUGCCAAGGCCCCCUGGAGAAAAAGGUGCUCCCAGAGGAGGUGGUAGAGGAGGACGUGGUGGUGGACGUGGGGGAGGAAGAGGUGGUGGUAGAGGCGGAUUUGGAGGAGGCAGAGGUGGAGGAAGAGGAGGAGGAUUCAGAGGAGGUAGAGGCGGAGGAGGAGGAGGAUUCAGAGGAGGAAGAGGUGGUGGAGGAGGCUUUCGGGGAAGAGGACAUUAAAAAUGGACCCAUGAGUAUCUCCUCAUUGUCUUACCGUGUCAUCUGCAGAAGUGAAGAACCGUGAAACAUUUUUGUAAAGAACCCUGAAAAUCUUUUUAUAAAGAACUUGAAUCUACAAAUUACAAUUAUUUUUACACUUCAUGACUGUUGAUGGACACACGAGGAGAGUGUAGCCCCAGGUGAAGAGCUGAAGACUGCUCAGAACAUCUGUAAACUUUUCUGAGCCACGGUUCGAUGUUAUUCUUAAACUGUUUGUUUCUGACAAGCAGUGCAGUCAGUGCUUAACUCCAUGUUGGAGUUGGGAGUAAACAAUCAGCUGAAAUGGGUUUUCAAAAGACCCUACAUGUUCACUGCAUGCAGAUACUUCAUGUGAACCUGUGCAUGACUGAUCCCUGGUUCUCAUCCUCCUUUUAUAUCAAAUCUUCUGGGCUACUCUAAAAUGGACGUGCUGUUUAAACAGCCUUUGUGAACCUUUUUUGAUAAACUAAAUUUCAAACUUCUGUGUUGAUAAUUUCUAAAUGCAUAAUAAUAUAUAAGAGAGAAGACAGCAGA